GACUAUUCUAAGUUCCCGGUCAAUUGGGCAGAAGAGAGAUAAGCCAGCCCCCCAGGGUUGAUAGGGAGUAGUAUAUAACAAACUGUUUGCCACUUGAUCGUCCAUGGCGUUUGUUGCCUCUUGGUCUGGCAGUUCAACACUCAUUGCAAAACAUCAUCAUUGCCUUUAUAAAUACAAUCGAUAGUCGACUAAUACCACGCAGAAAGUUCUGUGCUGCUCUUUUCCUCAUUACCAAAGCUACAUCGGAAUACCUAGUUCAACACACACAUACACACAACCAAAGCCAAGAUGGGAUCCUACUCAGUAGAGCCUGUGAAGCCAUGGGUUGAGACCCCAUGCUUGUACUCUCCCCAAGUCUCGCGCGCAGCUGGCUGCAACAUCUACCUCAAAUUAGACAACCUCCAGCCCUCGGGCUCGUUCAAGUCCAGGGGUAUCGGCAACAUGAUGCAACGCGCCAUAGCCCUGACGCCGAGGGACGACGUGCACUUCUACUGCCCAUCAGGCGGAAACGCCGGCCUGGCCUGCGCCACGUCUGCCGCAUCACUCGGCAAGCCCGCCACUAUCGUCGUCCCGAUCAAGACCCCGGCCCACAUGGUCGAGAAGCUUGAGGCGCUAGGAGCAGAGGUGCUCCGCCGGGGCGGCAGCAUCGCCGAGGCGGACGCGUACCUCAAGUCGCAGCUGCUGAUAAACGACCCGAACGGCGUCUACGUCUCGCCCUUUGACCACCCUGACAUCUGGGAGGGCGCCUCGAGCAUCGUCGACGAGAUCACGACCCAGAUGAGGCUGCAGCCGGGAGGGCCCAAGGAGGCCGACGGCAUCGUCUGCAACGUUGGCGGCGGCGGCCUGCUGAUCGGCAUCAUGGACGGGCUGGACCGCAUCUACUGCGGCCGCCCGCAGAACCAGCCCCGGGUGCUGGCCGUCGAGACGCGCGGUGCCGAGAGCCUCGACGCCAGCAUCCGUGCCGGCGAGCUGGUGACGCUGCCAAACAUUACUUCCAUCUGCUCGUCGCUGGGCGUAGCUAGAGUGGCACCCCGCGCUUACGAGUGGACCAAGGCCGCGGCCGGUCAGCUCGCCACGACGGUGGUGGACGACGCCGAUGCCGUCAUGGGGUCUGUCAAGUUCCUGGACGACGCGAGGCUGCUCGUCGAGGUUGCCUGCGGCGCUACCAUUUCGGUUGUGUACAACGGCCAACUGAGGCAGAAGCUGGGGAAGGGCCUGAGCGACGCCGAGUGGGCCGAGAAGAACAUAGUGCUGGUGGUGUGCGGUGGGUCUCACACCACUCUCGAGGCACUGUUGAGGUACAGGGAAGAGUUUGGAGUAUAAAAAAAAUAAGACAAGAAACCAGACGGGCAGUCAGGGUAUAAUUGGUUUUUGAGAUGGCGAGUUUGGAGUUUUGGCGCUUGGGUUUAGGGUUUUGGGUUUCUCCCACUUUGGCACUUAGCGGGUUUGGGUAUUGACUUCUGAGCGUGGUUCAUGACAUUAAGAAAUAGAAUAGAAUUAAUCGUCCACUCAAGAGGACGUGUUUAGGAACAUUAGUUUCUUUCACAAGCCGCUACUUUUAAGUGCUUCCACCUAGUGCCAAAGUGCGACAAUAUGUCAGCUCGCGGAAUCCAGGUACCGCUUUGCUAGCAACACCACCGAAAUCAUCUAGGACCAUCUUGACCUCGCCAAAGUAGUCAACAUCGCCGUCUUGUUGAAAGC